AACAACCUCCCGUGGGAUGAUUCAGAGAACAGAGUGGACGUCCUGUUCCGUGGUGAUGCUGACGAUGGUGUAUGCCGAAUCGCGCAGCUCUUGGGUUGGAAGGUUAAUGCGAACCCUGAGUUUUUUUCCUUCCUGAGAAGCCUGUGGGGUUCACAAUAA